UAAUGAACUCGUUGGAUGAAGGGUGCUUUUUGUUGGGCAUUUUGUGAAGCUUUAAGAAAAUAUAAUAAUUUUGAGGUAGUGAUAGACUGAUAGGAUAGCAGCUGUCAAAGACUGAAUUUUUAUUGUUUGGAGUCCGAGAAUUUUUGCUUCUUUAGGCACUUACUUUAUGAUGGCCUUUUGUUUGGCGUAAAGAGCUUUUGGCAUUAAGCUUCUCAAAAAUAAAUUUUUAAGUAUUGGAAGGAAACCGGCCAAAUAGGAAUUCAUAUAGCUGACUCGACAUUGGUUUUACUGUGCGAUUUUAAAUGAACGAACGUUGUGAUCUUUGUGGGAUUUCAGUUUUUAUUUGGUUCCUAUUGUGGAUGGAGCUAUGUGCACAGUUCAGGGAUCAAUAGAUACCUGGUGAAAAUGGGUAACAACGGUGCUGAAGACGUAAAGAUUUGUGGGGUUGAGUGUUCCGAGACCACUGUUGAGAUAAAGAUAAAAACAUUGGACUCACAGACAUAUACAUUACAAGUGGAUAAAUGUGUUCCAGUUCCUGAACUGAAGCAACAGAUCGCCACAGUUACUGGUGUUUUGUCAGAACAACAACGGCUCAUCUGCCGGGGCAAAGUGUUGAAGGAUGAUCAGCUCCUUUCAGCUUACCAUGUUGAAGAUGGACACACUUUACAUUUGGUUGUGAGACAACCCUCAUCAGAGAACGCCCCUGAUUCUCAAGGAAAUGCUUCUGCAUCAAGUUCUAGGCAUGUUCAAGGAAACCGAGUGGGUCCUGGUAUAGUAGUUGGAACAUACAACUUAUCUGAACAUGGAGAUGGAGCUUUCCCUGACCUAAAUCGGAUUAUCUCAGCUGUGCUUGGUUCAUUUGGAGUUGCAAGGGUUGGCAAUGAGGGGAUUGAUGUCAAUGGUCUUGGUGCAGCUACUCUGGGAAAUAUGAGAACUUCUGACCAACUGCAGACUGACCAAGCUAGUACAAUGGAUCAAUCUGGUUCUGCUAGUAGCGUUUCUGCACGUCCGACAGCUUUCCCAGUAGAAGCUCAACCACCGGUAACUUUUUCAUCAAAUUUGUGA